UCUACACUAUCCUCCACUGACACGGUUCCUCUAAUACACUGAAAAUGAGAGCGAAGCAAAUGCCGUCGUCGAUCUUAACGAGAUCCAAAUCCCCAGUUAUUCUCUUAUUCGCCGUCAUUAUCCUCGCUCUCUCUUUCUUCUUCUUCUUCCUCUUUUCUCCCUCCUCCACAACCACCGCCGCCGUCACCGUUCCCUAUCGGCAUCCGUCUGUACGACCCGAAACCUCGUUCGUCGCCUCCCUCGAGCACUUCCUUGCUCACAAGGCUCCCAAAAUCCCCGCCUCUUCCGACGAUACGGUGGGUUCCGUGAUCGAUCGUGACGUCAGGAGGCUCGACGAGAGGAAGUUCGUCAAGGAAAUGGAGUGGUUGCGUGGCGAUCCGUACUACCCGAUGUCCAUGCCGGUUAGGGUUUACGUUUACGAAAUGCCGAGCAAGUUCACCUACGAUUUGCUUUGGUUGUUUCGGAAUACUUAUCGAGAAACUUCUAAUAUUACUUCCAAUGGCAGCCCCGUUCACCGUUUAAUCGAACAACAUUCUAUUGAUUAUUGGCUUUGGGCGGAUUUGAUUGCUCCUGAAUCCGAAAGGCUAUUGAAGAAUGUUGUGAGAGUUGUUAAGCAGGAGGAGGCGGAUUUAUUUUAUGUGCCGUUUUUCACCACGAUUAGCUUUUUCUUAUUGGAGAAACAACAAUGCAAGGCGUUAUAUAGGGAAGCCCUGAAAUGGGUGACAGAUCAACCUGCAUGGAAACGAUCUGAAGGAAGGGAUCACAUAUUUCCCAUUCAUCAUCCGUGGUCCUUUAAGUCAGUUCGCAGAUAUGUGAAAAAUGCAAUUUGGCUUUUACCAGACAUGGACUCCACAGGGAAUUGGUACAAACCGGGGCAAGUUUCACUGGAGAAGGACCUCAUUCUCCCUUAUGUACCAAAUGUUGAUUUAUGUGAUGCAAAAUGCUUAUUGGAAAGUGAAUCAAAGAGAACAACACUGCUUUUCUUCCGCGGACGACUUAAAAGAAAUGCUGGAGGAAAGAUACGUGCUAAAAUUGGUGCAGAACUAACAGGUGCCAAGGAUGUAGUCAUAGAGGAGGGAACUGCUGGGGAGGGAGGAAAAGCUGCUGCUCAGAAGGGGAUGCGCAGGUCUAUAUUUUGUUUAAGUCCAGCUGGUGACACUCCCUCCUCUGCUAGAUUGUUUGAUGCUAUUGUCAGUGGGUGUAUACCUGUUAUUAUUAGUGAUGAAUUGGAGCUCCCUUUUGAAGGAAUACUUGAUUAUAGGAAGAUGGCUGUAUUUAUUUCUUCAACUGAUGCUGUGCAACCUGGUUGGAUUCUAAGAUACUUAAAGAGCAUUAGUUCUACUCAGAUAAGAGAAAUGAGGAGGAACCUUGCCGAGUACUCAAGGCAUUUCGUGUACUCUAAUCCAGCUCAACCCUUGGGUCCGGAAGAUCUAGUUUGGCGAAUGAUGGCUGGUAAAUUGGUGAACAUCAAGCUUCAUACUCGGAGAUCCCAGCGCGUGGUUAAAGAAUCAAGAAGUGUCUGCACUUGCGAUUGCAGGCGAUCCAACAGUACCCAUUCCAAUCCUAUCAAUUGAUUGAUCUCAUUUUGUGGCUGUUGUUAGUAUCAUGAAGAAUUCAUGAUUCCCUGAGUUUGCAAGAACACCUUUUUGAUUACCCAAAGUAACAUUUUGGCUUUUGUUCAUUGCAAAUUGUUGCACGAAUAGAGGGAUGAAUAUAUAUACAAUAUAUAUGCAUGUGAUUAAGUCAUUCAUUGAAAUAUCAUAGUUGUACUUAAAAAUCAAUCAUUUUCAUAUUGGUAUCACUAAUUAUAAUACAAUACUAAUGAUUUUGAAUGUCA